AUGUUCUUCGUACCUAUCUCACGAUAUGUUGUAUUUUACCUGGUCAUCGGACUGGGCCACGUCGCCUUCAUUCACACAGCUUGGCCGACACAAAACAGUGCUGCUGUUCAGCUAUUAGGUCUUUUUGGAGAUGCACAAAAUAUAUCGACGCCUAGUACGUUCUCUGUACAUUCACGAGCUAUGUUCAAAACAGCGAUCAUUCUUGCACAGCAGUAUGAUCUGAAGAUAAAUGGAGAAUACAUUCAGUGGCAAGCUGCUCAAACUGGUGGAGAUCGAAUAACUGCUCUUGAUAAUGUAUGUCAGACAGUAUCAAAUUAUAACACUGCCGGUAUCAUUGGUCCAGCAUUCUCACGAGAAUGUCCGACAAUAGCUGCAUUUGCUGAGAAAACAGGCAUUCCUGUUAUAUCUUAUUCAGCGACCAAUCCUGAUUUGUCUGAUCGUACCUCCUAUCCGGCAUUUUAUCGUACAGUUGCAUCCGAUAAUGGUGCUGCAAUAACAAUUACAAAGUUAUUUACUCGAUACAACUGGACAUCGGCCAUCAUUGUCUAUCAGAAUGACGCAUUUGGAUCAAGUGGAGCAAUAGCGAUUAGCGCAGCACUUAGUGCCAGUGCAGUGGCGAUUCGACAAACGAUUAUAUUUGAUGUAAUAACACGCAGUAUCCGAGGUGAUCUCAAAACGCUCUUAUCUAGUAGUUCAACACGAAUUAUAAUCUUAUGGGCGGAUCCAAGUAAUACCCCCUUGAUCUUACACAAUGCAAUCGACAAUGAUGUUCUUGGCCCGCAAUAUUUGUGGAUCUUAAGUUCGAGUAUUUCAUUCGAUACCUUCAACCAAACUUCUCAUCAAAAACUAAUCGGAAUUCUCACCGUCGAACCAGUCACAGGUAGUGUCAUCAGUGCACCAUUCAAUGAAACACUAUUGAAUGCGGCAUGCAAUGUUUGGCAAACAUACGAACCAGAAACAUUUCCAGGCGUAUCGAAGAUAGAUUACUACGGAUUGUUUGCAUUUGAUGCUACAUGGUCACUAAUUCAAUCAUUACAAAAAGUCUGUUCGUCAUAUUCUAGCAACCUUUCAACGUGUCCAUCGAUGAUAGGUUCAUCCUACUGUUUCGAUCGUCGUUUUUCCAGUACCAAAAGCUUAUUUGACGCACUUAAUAAUCUUGAAUUCCUUGGUGUGUCUGGUCCAGUAAAAUUCAAUGCAAAUACAACAGAUCGUAUUAAUGGAACAUAUUAUAUUGCGCAAAACUCUCAACUUCUUACAGACUGUCUUAAGUUUAUACCUGUACUUAAAUAUGGCGAUGCUAGAGUUUGGCAACAAUACACAGACACCAGUAUAGUUACAUGGCCAGGAAAUUUGGCAGUUCCUCCCAGCGAUCGAGGAGUACUAGAAGGUGUUGUACUACGAAUUGCCAUCAUGGAAUCUGUGCCAUUCACAAUCGUUACUUAUACAGUAGAUGAGUUUGGGCAAAAUAUAACUAAAUUCACUGGAUAUGUACCUGACCUCAUCGAUCUUUUGCAAAAACAAAUGAAAUUUGUCCCUAAACUUGUUUUAGUGCCGGCAACUAGAAGUUAUGCGGAAAUAAUACAAGAUGUAAUGAAUAAUGUCUAUGAUAUGAUGAUAGGCGAUGUCACCAUCACGGCUGAUCGACAAGAAAUAGUGAGUUUCUCCAGUUCAAUAUUUGAUAAUUCUUUACGUAUCAUUAUGCGACAAACAACCGCUGAUCCUAUCGAUUUAUUACUAUUUAUGAAGCCCUUCUCGCGUAAUCUUUGGCUGGCACUAUUAGGAACUAAUAUCUAUGCAGGUCUACUAGUUUGUCUAUUGGAAAAACAAGAGAACGAUGCACUACAGCAUCGAUCUUUCGUUUCAUUAAUAGCCAUGGGUCUAUGGUACGCUUUUGGUGUGAUUGUUGGCUAUGGUGUCGACUUUCAUGUGAGAACUGCAGCCGGACGUUUAUUAACUGUCGGCCUUUACAUAGUUAGUAUCGUUUUUGUCGCAACUUACACAGCAAAUUUAGCUUCAUAUCUAACAAUUUCAAAUUCUCAAGAUCCAGUUUCAAGUAUCGAUGAUAUUAAGAAUGGAAAGCUAUCUUUUAACCGUAUUGGAAUUCGCGUGGGUACGACAGCAGAAGACUACUAUUUACGUGAGAUUUCCGGUGGAAAUCGAAACUUCUUUACAUUAAAAUCGCUCAAUGACCUAUUCACUGAUCUUGUCAACAAUAAUAUUGAUGCCGCAUUCAUCGACAGUGGUGUAGGAGAAUACGCAACGAGUAAUAUCUAUUGCAAUUUAACAUUGAUCGGUACUGAUUUCAAUAAGUACUCCUAUGGUAUUGUCAUGCAGAAACAAUGGAUGUAUAUUCAAGACAUCGAUGUAUGCAUUUUAUCGUUUGGUGAAACAGGUGAACUCGAUGCAUUGAGAGAAAAAUGGUUCGCAACAAAGAUUUGCUCUACAGUCGACGAUUCCAAUACAGCAAUGGGAAUCGAAUCGUUGAUUGGUCUAUUUGUCACUUUUGGUACGAUCAGUAUAAUUUCAUUGCUUGUUUUUGUAUGGAAGAAGCGAAACUUUAUACAAGAAUAUCUACUAGAACUAGUCACACGAAAAAGAAAUGCUACCGGGAGAAAUGCAAAGAGACAAUCGAGAUAUUCACAGUGA